AUGGAUUUGAAGCAGCUAACGAUUGACAAGUAUGAAACUAGGGAAAAGCUGGUUUUGAGCGGGAUCUGGGGCGGAGAGAUAUACAAGACUGCGAACUUGGCCGCUGGGAAUGGGCGGGGAUGGCUUUGGAAGACGUUAGUGAUCGACGGCGACGCCGACGUAGAAGAACCAGUAGAAGUACCGAGCUUGGAGCACAACGUGGAAGGGUCGUCCCAAGGAAGAAAGCCCAGAGUUCGAAAGCAAAAGAGUAUCAGAAGAUUAACACCAAUUGACGUUGCAAGACAUCCUCUUCGGAUCCCAGCGACAGACGGGGAAGCAGGAACGGGUGAAGACGAUCGCACCUGUUUGCAGGAGAAGCUAGAAAUAAUAGACCUCGACCUGUCGAGGUUGAUGCUGCACGAUAUCUUCCAGCAGGAUCAGGUCCAUUCGGAGAUGCGUCAGAUCCUUUACAAUUACCUGCUCAGGAACGAGGAAGACUCGUCAUACAAGCAGGGAUAUCACGAGCUACUGGGCAUGAUUUACUUGCAGCUGCAUACGGACGAGAGGGAGGAUCUUGGCGCCGGCCAGAGGAAGAUGAGGCUGAGAAAUGCUCUCUGCAUCUUUGAGAAACUCAUGAAACACAUGACUCUUUUCUACAACGAGACCCGACUAAUCCAAUGGGAGGAGAAAGAAUUUAGGCCGAUCCUCAGCACCUGCUGUCCACGGCUCUACGAUAUUUUCUGCUCUGAUGAUAACCACACCAACCUGUUGUGGCUAAUACGCUGGACAAGAUUGCUGUUCAUGCGGGAACUGCCGCGCGACUACACGCUGAUCAUAUGGGACCAUCUUUUCACCGGCCUAUACCCUGUCCAUACGCUUGUCGCGUGUCUAAUCGUGGUCCUGCUGCUCAACAACUACAGACUGCUCGUAGAAGAAGUGGAGGAUCAUAACGACCUGGUCGAGCUCAUGUUGCACUUCCAAUCCAGAAUCACCUCCAUGGUCGACUGCAUCGAACUUUGCAAGAUGGCUGGCAACCUUUGCGAGCUCUGGUACACGCAGGACGUCGACUCCAUGAAAUUGAUAUGUGACAAUUUCCUCAAGAUCAAGUUCAACGUUGACCGAGAGCCGGACCGCGAAGAGAGGAUAGACCCGAACAGAAGACGAAUAGAAGAGAAGUUGCGUAGGCGCGUUAAACAGACAUUAUUGCCAAAAAGAAAAACACUAAAUAAAUGA